AUGCCACCAAAAUAUCAAGGUCGUAAAACUUUCCACAAGGUACCCAGUUUACCGAGCGAUGAUGACUCUAGGAACAGCCCGGAACAAGAGGGGGAUGAUAUCGUUCAAAUCUUUGCCGCUUUUCACAAUCGUAUGGAGAGGAAGGCUAAAGACAUGCAAAGAAGACUCUCAUCAGAUUGUGAAACCGUGAUACAACAUAUAACUGAAAUGGCUCAUGAACUCGUCUUUCGGCAAAAGCAAGAACUGGAAGCCAAAGUUAAAGGAUACAAGCGCAAACAAGAAGAAUUAGAAGAGGAAAACCUCGCGGUUAUAAAGAAAUUGCGAUCCGAGGAAGCCAAAUACUUGAGAUUACACGAUUCGAUAAUCAGCGAACUCGAUAAGGUCGAGAUGGCGCAAAUGAAAACAAUUCAGGCGUUUGAAAAGAAAUAUUCGUCAUUUAUCGAUGAUUCAAAUGAUCAACUACAAAGUCCGAUAGUCGGAAAAAGUACCUUGGAAAACCCGUUUGUCGACAAAAUGAGGCAGGUGUCGUUUUUAAAAUUUGUCAGAUGUCCUGAAAAAAAUGUUCAUUCAUAG